CUCUGCCUUUUUCCGCUCAGCCUUGCUCGGCUCAGCUCGGAACGCUUACACCCGGACCAGGAUUGACGCGCGCAGACCGGCGGGGGGACAGGACCAGGAGAGCGGGAUCGGGACCUGCAGGAUCCGUGUUCCGGCUGCGGGUUCCCGUCAUGCUGGGCGCGGUGAAGAUGGAAGGGCACGACGCUCCGGACUGGAGCGGAUACUACAGCGAGGAGGUGUACUCUCCGAUGGCAGGUGGUGGGAUGGGUUCUGGUCUUGGGAUGGGUUCCAUGUCUGGCUACAUGUCCAGCGGUGGGACCACGUCAGGCUCCUUCAACAUGUCGUACAGUGGGACCGGUCUGAGUCCUGCCCCGGUGGGGGGUAUGGGCGGUUCGGCUCCAGCAGCCAUGUCAGGUCUGGGCGGGGGUGUGGGCUCGAUGGGUGGGGCUCUGAGCCCAUCCAGUAUGAGCUCGGUGUCGGCUCAGCAGGCCUCGAUGGGCCUGAACCCGUACGGAGGCAUGAGUCCCACUAUGAGCCCUGGCAUGGCAUAUGGCAGUGGUGGACUGAACCGAGCCCGCGACAACAAGGCGUUCAGACGGAGCUACCCGCAUGCCAAACCACCAUACUCCUACAUCUCGCUCAUCACCAUGGCAAUCCAACAGGCGCCCAGUAAGAUGCUGACUCUGAGUGAGAUCUACCAGUGGAUCAUGGACCUGUUCCCGUACUACCGGCAAAACCAGCAGCGCUGGCAGAAUUCCAUCCGACACUCACUGUCCUUCAACGACUGCUUCGUCAAGGUGUCGCGCUCGCCUGACAAACCAGGUAAGGGUUCGUACUGGACCCUGCACCCGGACUCUGGGAACAUGUUUGAGAAUGGCUGCUACCUGCGCCGCCAGAAGAGGUUCAAGUGCGAGAAGAAGAUGUCGGUGAAAUCAGAUGGGAGGAAGGAGCAGGGGGGAGGAGGAGCGUCUCCUGCUGGGGAUUCCAUCAAACCUCCGGGACUGCUGGAUUCCUCCCUGCCCUCCUCCAGCCAGGCGGCCUCACCUCCUGGUCUGGAUCUGCGAGGAGGUGUUGGCGGGGCAUCAGACCUGAAGGUGUCCGGUUCCCAGCUCCUGUCCUCCCUGUCGUUGCCCCCCCACUCCAUGCCACACGAGUCCCAGCUGCACAUCAAAGGAGACCCCCACUACUCCUUCAACCACCCGUUCUCCAUCAACAAUCUAAUGUCGUCCUCAGAGCAGCAGCACAAACUGGACCUGAAGGCCUACGAGGCGCUGCAGUACUCCUCCUACAGCACUGGGGGGGCAUCCGGCCUCGGGGGGAGGACCAUGGAGCCUCUGGAGGCCUCCUACUACCAGGGGGUCUACCCCAGACCGCUCCUGAACACCUCAUAGUACCCGCUGCACCUUCAGUUUGGACUCUCUGCAUGCAGCCGUCCUAGACUUCCUGUCUGACUGUGAUGAUGCUGAACCGGGUCGACUCUGCUGCUGCUGGUCUGCUGGUUUCUGAACUUCUGCACUGUGACCAAACCAGGACACAAACAGACACGUUGACUCUCAGUUGAUUAAACUGAUCCCAGGUCUGUUCUCUCCUUUUACACACUGAGUCACAAUCAGCUAAUGUUUUUGAGAUUCAGGAUCCCAACCAGAUACUGAGUUACUUUAAACCUCCUCCUCAGACCAGACCAGGAUCAUCAGUCAGUCCAGAAUCCAGGAGCUCAGUGUUUCCUUUAUGUUAGAGGUUCCUGACCUGUAGACCGUUUCAUGUCUGAUCUGUUGGUAGUUACCUGAAGGCCUCUUUAUUAGACCGUGUCCGACACUGUAACAUCACAGUGACCUCAGUUUGUGAUUGGACAGCUGUGUGCAGGUGAGACAGUAGGCAGGGUCUAAACUUCUUUUCCCUCCACCUUCAGACUGGAGUCCAGAUCAUGCAGGAACAGGACCACAGUAUAGAAACUGGUCUUCAUGGUCAGGAGACUUUGUGUUGAGGUAACAGCUGAUCACUGGUCAAUAAUCAAUCAUCCCUGUGUGUUGUCGUCAUGGAGCCGCUCUUGUUUGAUGAGUUUAGUUUUAAAGUCGCAGGCUGAUGAUUAUUUAAAGAACCUGGUUUAUUCCCUGAGUUUACAACAGAACUCAGAGCUGAUUCACCUGCUGCCUUAAAGACCGAACCCAGGGAACAAAAGUCUCCCUCAUUCAGAGACCUGAUUGGCUGCAGGUCAGACAGGUGCAGAUGUGACGAGUCUAGGUCAGUUUCUGGUUGGUCAGAGUCACUCUGUCAGGCAGAACUGAGUUUUACUGUUUCCAGUCUUUGUUCAUCAGAUUUUCCUGCGACCCCUCAGAGGGCCUGACUCCACAUUUUGUGAACCACUGUGACUGUUUUCCUGUGUGAAGUUUGAUUCAGUGGACUUGGGUUUUGUCUCCUGAUGAGCUAAAAGGUCAAAGGUCACCUGGUGAUGACGGUGACGUGGUUGCCGUGGUGACACUGACGAAGCUGCAGGUGUUUACAGAUUAUAAUUAAUAUCUUUGAUCAGAGACGUGACAAGGAUUUAUUUCUCCCACGGCCUCGUCUGCCUCUCGGCUGACCUCCUGAGGGGUCACGACCCUCAGAGUGAGAAACCCCUGCACAGAUAGAAAGGCUUAUUAUUCAAAGGGUCAGUUCACCCAAAUGAGUCAAACAGAGAUUUCACCACCGCUCUGUUUGUUGUCGUUGGGCAGAUUUCAGAUCAGUUUCCCACCGUUUUAACCAGAGUCCAGUCUGUUUCUGUCAGAUUAGAUUACUGAUUUCAUGACAAACAAAAAUCAGUAACCAUAUCUUCUGAAUGAAGUCAACGUUUUUUUCAGGUGAAUUUUUCUGUCUCAAUAUUUUGGUGAAUGAUUGAUGAUCAGUGACUGACAAUCAGUUGUCCUGUGUCUCUUCAAUUUAAUUAACAAAAUAAAUCCUCAGCUCUGCAGUUUGAAAUCAUCAAGUCAAUCAAUAACAAAUCAAUUAUUAAUAUAUAAUGUGUUGACCUCAGUGAUCAUCCUCUCUGAUGUAAAACCUGUCCACAGGAAAUGAUCGGAGAUUUAUUCAUCGGCCGCGCUGCUCAGAUCUGAACUGGUCUGGACUUGUGUUCAGGAGUCAGACUUGAACCACUGUUUAACUUGCGGUCGGGUCUCCCUGAGCUUUCACUCACAGCUCAUCUUCAGAUCAACCUCACAUUCAUUUCUAAUCUUUUCUUUUCUAAUCUUUUUUUUUUUAAUAAAAUCUUUAUUUUUAUUUAUUUCAUUAAUAUUUUCUAAAUUAGAAAUGAUGUGAGCUGCUUCUCUGCAGAUAAUGAUUAUUAAUGAUGAUGAUUAUUAUUAAUUCAUGCGUGGAUCAAACAUUUAGUUUGUUUAAUAAAACAAUACUCGACAGUAAAAAACAUGGAGCAGAAUCAGCUCACUGCUGAUCAAUGAUCAAUAACGCCUGAUUAUUACAAUAAUCUGAUUUAUCCCAGGUCCUGACUCUGAGUGAACACUGUGUAUAUUAAAUAUCACUACCACCAAGAAAAAAAACAUUCAUGAACAAAGGAUGAAACUUAUUGAUUAGUCAACUGAUCAAUAUCUGAGUCUGUUUGUUUGGUGACUGUGUGUAAAAGGAGAAACCACUUCCUAUCUGUUUUCUGACUGUUGAUGCGUCUGAUGAUAAAAAUCCACUCUGUGUAUUUAAUCUCUUCUGUCUAUCACUGAUUAUUGAUUAUUGAUUAUUAUUACCAUGUGCAUGAAUGAAGUGGGAGGUCGUCAUCGUCGUCUUCUUCUCUGUUCUGGAGAAAAAAUGAAUGGACAGAGACGUCCUUCUCUCCACCUGGAGGAAGGAAAGAAGGGAUGGAGAUGGAGGGAUAGAGAGACAGAAGAGAGUUAAAGCAUUAACAGACAAACAGACCUCCACCAUCCUCGUCCUCGUUGUGUUUCUUCGUCGUUGGUUUUUGACUCUGAUGCAUGUUCUUAACUUAUUCUGUCAUUUUCAAAUAAAACAAAGAAA